ACAAACGGCCCAAUAGCUCCCAACAACCCUGCCUGCAGCCAAAUACUGUGAGCCUCUCUGUUCAUUCAGCGCUGCUCAACCACAGCAGAGUCUCCUCCUGCAUGGUUAUGUUUCCAUGAGGGCUGAGAGUACUUGUUCUCCUCCUGUGAUUAGUGGAAUUCUGCUCACGACAAGUGCAUUUUUCAUGCGUUUGCUACCACCUGCUGGAUUACCUUGGACUUCCUGUGUACAGUACAUGCCAUGCAUGCAAGUCCCGCGGACCUCUCUGAGUGCUCAGACCUCACCCACACCCUCACGUCAACAGAAGGGCAGACUCUGAGAUAACAUGUCUCCCUCGCUCUAGCAGUCCCUUACUGUCGUCUUGUCAUGGCUACUUGGGCCAGGAAGGCAGGAUGGAGGAACUCUGAUUCUGAACACAGCGUCAAACACAUUCCCAUGCGGCAGUACUAUGACAUGGUACAGGAGGCUGAUGGGAAUUUCUUCGAGAGUUUCACAGCACUGUCAUGGCGACAAGAAAACCGGAGACUGAGAGCAAGUAGUGAGGAGGAUCUUGUGGAGGACAAGCCAUUGCCUGUGGAAAGCCAAGCUGCGGUCAAACCUGACAGUCGGAAACUCAGCAAGGAUGAGCUGGACACCUUGUACAAAGAGUUGAUGUACACCAUCCGACAUAGGAUAGGCACCACCAGUGAUGGACACUCACCCUUCGAUGAGGACCUGUACAAUUAUGCCCAAGAGGUUUUCCACAUCACAGAAGACAGACACAGAACCCUGCUGGACAGGGCUAAGGAACUUAAGGCCCCAAAAUGUGUGCUGCAUGUGACAGUUGCAGAAGCAAAGGACCUAGAAGCAAAGGAUGCAAAUGGGUACAGUGACCCAUAUUGCAUGCUGGGAAUUGUCCCACCAUCCUUCAGCCCCCCUUCCACCCCUGGAGGGAAACCCAAGAACCGGCUCAGCUUCAAGGACAGACAACGUAGGAAGAGCAGAGGCAAGGACAAGUCAUCUACACCUACUGGAAAAUUGUCAAAAGAGGAGAAGCAGGAACAGAGGGUGCAAGAAAUGCUGAGAAAGAAGUUUGUGGUGACCCAGACAGAGGACCUGAUCGCCAAGUCACCUAUUCUUGUGUCCGAGGUUAGAAGAAAGACACUUAACCCACAAUGGAACGAGAAAUUCAGAUUCGAAGUAGAAGACCUGAAGAAUGACAGACUACACAUUGAUAUCUGGGAUCAUGAUGAUGAAGCAUCCAUCAUUGAAGCAGCGAGAAAACUGAAUGAAGUUUCAGGCAUCAAAGGUGUAGGGAGAUACUUCAAACAAAUCGUGCAGUCUGCGCGGGCCGGCCAGGACGAUGAUGUGGAUGACUUCCUCGGCUGCAUCGACAUCAAUUUGGCGAGAAUUCCAUCCACUGGCUGCGACCAAUGGUUUGAUCUUGAAGCAAGGUCAAUCAGGUCAAAGGUCCAAGGCAAGCUCAGACUUCAACUUCAACUGGGGACUCAGGAGAGAGACACACCAUACAAGGACGAAGCCAUAAGGGUUCAUCAGGACCUGUACGAUCUAUUUGUGGAACAUGAAGCCAGAACGCAUUCUGACCAAGUUUUCGACAAGUGGGAUGGGAACCUGAGUCAGCCGGCUCAGACUAUUUUGCACCAGCACUUCAUACAGCAGGAGCUGACUAUGGUGGAUGAAGCUAUAGUUCGUUGGAGAGCCUACAGUAAGCAGCACCUGCAGUAUGCCUUUGACUACGAGUUCCUUUACAAACUUCUGCACGAGCUGCACAACAGCUGGCAGCCAGACAAGCUCACCAGAGAGGAGGAGCAGGAUCUAGCUGAGUCAUUUGCAGACUUCAUAGAGCUGUGCAUGUCUCUUCUUGAUCAGCACAGAGGCCUGUUUCCUCCCAACAACAAACAGGCCAUCUGCAAGCUGGAGUACAUACUCAGGUGCCUACAGUUGAUAGACGACAUGCCAGCCUACAGUAAAGUCUGCCCCUUCCAUGCUCCCAUGCGCAGAGAGAUCAUCAAAGUCAUCAAGCAAGGCACGAAGGACUGGUACCUCAAGGUCAGAGCCAUCACAAAGCCCAUGACCCAUGUGUCAGAGGAAAUGCUACAGGCCAUAGUCAAUGAAAUCCAUGUCCUGAGAAAUGCGAUUGAGAGCUGUGACCCUCUCAAGCCUUUGUCAUGGUUCCUCAGUUCGGAUGAGGAGGUCCUACAGUCCAUGGUCAAGCUGACCUAUGAGAUCAACACAGAUGUACAGAAGGCCCUCAAGUAUUACAACAAGUUGUUUCUAAGUGUUGUCAAAGUGGACUACUUCACAGUUGCAUACAAACAACUGGAAUCUCUGUUGCACAAGGACAUAAACGCAGGCAUGGAGGACAUCAAUGUGACCCUCCAGACCGAGCCAUCCCCUUCUGCCUCCGACGAGGAAGAUGUCACCAUCAGUACAUCCUUGUUUGAGCUUUACCUGGCUCUCAAGGAGUUCCAUGCCUUUAAGGAGUCACUCCCUGCCAGUGAAAAAAGUGAGCUGCACAUGGACAGUUUUUAUGUGUGGUUUGAACCAGCAAUCAAGAGAUGGUUUAGUCUGGCACGGCACAAGGCCUUCCGGCGUCUGGAGAAAGCUGUUGAAUUGGACAAGGAGGUCGAGCUUGUACACUCUAUGGUGAAACACAGUACAUCAGCAGUUGACGCCACCUGCUGCUUUGGACAGAUCCGUGAGUUCUACAGACAGCUGGACUGGCCAGACCCAGUGGGGGCCUACACCUUUGUGACGCUUGUGAUGGAGGACAUCUGCAGCGGUGCCAGGUACUACGCAGAGCUCAUGCACAAGAAGCUGAAGGCCGCGGGCUACUUUGACGAUGAGGGGCAGUUUGAUGUAACAGACCAGCUCUGCAUAACACUGAACAACAUCGAGCAUGUCAAGAGGUCCUUGAGCUCUCUCCCAGAAUCCCUUGGGUUUGCGGACAUUGAGAGGUCCAUGCAGAAGGUUUACGGAGAGGUCGGAGGUCAACAGUCGCACAGAACGCUGAUCAACAUGAUGGACUCAGCCGAUGAUGACAUGUCAAAUAAAACAUCUGAUGUGGUGAUCGUAGUUGGCAAGAAAAUGCAGCCUGAUAUCAAGAAGUUUGUGUUCCACCUAGCCUGGGCUCCUGACUCUGCACGGACUGAUGAUGCUAUCUGUCCCUUGAUGGAGUACUUGGACAACAACCUGAAGACCUUGAACAUGAGUCUGCUCAGAGCAAAUUUUGACAAAAUCCUUGACGAGAUCUGGAACGUUGUUCUAAAAGAGCUGAGGGAGACUUUAGACGGGAACCUGGGGAAGGAGUCUCCGUUCUACUGCCGUCUGCACGAAGCCCUGGACAUCCUGCUGGACCUUUUCCAUGCAGAUGGGGAGGGGCUGGACGAAGAGGCGAUACAAACAGACGACUACAAGUACCUGCGAGAAACGCUGACUCUGCAGAAGGCGACUACAGAUGAGCUGAUUGAGCAGUUCUUCCUGGAGAAGCUCCAGGAGCAGAGAGUGGAAACUGUGGCAAACUAUGGGACACUGAGUGUCAAAGUGUACUAUGACAACUCCGACUCCUCUCUACAUGUAGAAGUCAUGAGUGGCAAAGAUUUACCUGCCUUGGACACGAAUGGCUACAGUGAUCCGUUUGUGCUGAUAGAGUUGUGCCCAUCCCACCACUUCCCAUCUAGUGCAAUAGAGAAAACGUCCAUCAAAAAGAAGACACUAAACCCACUAUUUGACGAGACCUUCAAGUUCCCAGUUGCAGUGUCCCAGCUCAAACAGACCGGAGCCUGUGUCCUCUUCACGGUGAUGGACCACGAUGUCCUGGCCAGGGAUGACGUAGCGGGGGAGGUCUUCCUGCCGCUGGCAGAGGUGUACGGCCAGGACCGACCCUCCAUCCCCGAGGGCUUCCGCGCCGUCAAGCAGAACACUGUCAUACUCAUCAGACCUGAGCUUCCCAAGUGCAGGAGGCCAGACAAGCACAAUGGUACAGAAGGAGCGUUGAUCAAAUUUCUGCUGCUCAAUUUCCGCUUCCUUUGGAGAAGAAAAUACUCACCAGAAACUGGUCCUAUGGGUGUGCUUGAGACAAGAACAUGGGACAAGACAGCUCAAGACUUCUACAAGAAAAGAAGAGCCCUGGCACUACAGUGUGGGUAGAGAAUGUAGACCCAAGUCAAAACUAUCUGUUAAAGAAACUUUAGCUUAAGUAACAGUACACUUUGAGCUUCUUACCACCUGUACCCCGCAUCAUUAUGAAAAAAAUUACUUUCAAUUGAUAAAGGACAAUUAUGAAACAAUAAAGCCAUCUGAACACAACAAAACAAUAAAAACAAGACAAGAGUUGUGGAACCAAUGGCAUUUUCUGAAGUAGGAGACAAAAGGAAAAAUGAAAAGAGAAAUUUGUAAACUAGUCAAGGUGUCAAAGCCUGUAAUUCAAGUCUCUGUGGGGAGGUUGAGAAUUUGUCUGGUGUCCCUUCCUCACACUAAACAAACACCUGUUGAUGCCUGGAAAAACCAUUGAUUAGCUGAGAAGUUUCAAAGUUCCAUCCCCACCAUUUUCAAGUUUCUAUCAAAUGGGAAUAGUACAUGAAUUUGCUCUACAAGUAACAAAUAAAGAAAGCAUGGUAUAUGUGAAUAUACUAGGAUUGUGGAAAACUACAGAAGGCUAAUGACUCUACAUAAUUAUUAUUAUUUGUUAGUGCUGCCUUUCAUAUUUAAUCUUGACAAAUUUACCGUUCAAUGAAAGUGCUUCUGAUUGGUAAUCCAUAUUGUUUUACCUGCCUACAUGUAAAUGGCAAAGUGGCCAAUAAGAAGAAUGCUAGCAAUGCUGUACCGGACAGAGAAUUCAAAGUUAACAGCCUGAGAGCGCUUAGCUCCAGAGGGUGGUUUUAUAUUCCAAUAGACAAUAAUUUUUGAAAGUAAAAGUACAUACAAAACUACAAUAAAGUACUCACUACUACCGCAUCCAUCAAAAAGCAUUACCUACUCAUUGAUACAUAAUCUAUUGGAAAAUAACACCCCUUCUGGAGUGAAGUGCUAAUUUGAGGUUUGUGCUUCUUUAGAAAAAUACUUCUUUCAGGGUAAACUUUAUUUUGAUAGUUUGCUUUAUUGCCUGCUACUGGCCUCAAAGUUUAAGGUGUAUCAUCACCUUUUUCCAAAGUUCUUUAGGCACUGAAGAAAAUCUUAAAGAAAUCUAUAAUAAGAGCUUUAUAAUUCAAUGUUUAAUCCUGUCCUCUGCAUUAAAUUUGUGGCUCUCACCUUUUAUUUAAGUCAGAAGCCAGAGUCACAAGAUUGUGUAAAAGAUUUACUGAUACAUGUAUUUUGUAUAAUGUAUGAUUGUCUGGAGAUGUAUAAUAUGUUUGAAAAGUGUUAUCAACAAAAUGUAUCAAGCCAUGGGCAAGCAAUGAUAUCAAAAAGAUAUAUGUACUUGAAGGUGAGUUGUACAAAGUCAUGUAUUAUCUGUGAACUGAUGUGUCUCUAUUAAUGAUAUUUGCAAGUGUGAGUUGCGCAUUUUGCUAGCUGGAUAUCCACCCUUUUCUGGCUGUGCUAUGCUCCUCCAAUAGCUUCCUUGAGAGUGUAUAAUAGUCUGUCACUCCUUAAUAGAAAAUUAUUGGCAUUUGAAUAUGUCGAAAAAAGGCUUCUGAUUGGCUUCGAGCCACAUGGUCCUUGUAAUGGCAUGGUAACAGGGUUUGAUUAGUUCUGACAUUUGACCCUGUUACACUGCUUCUGAGAAGUAUUUUAAUUCGAAAUGAUGUGACAGUAAGAAACAAAUGUUUACAUAAUAGAUGGGGCCAGACUAAAAUCCUAAAGUAAUCGUUGGAGCACACCGAAGCAAGAAUAGGGGGGAUUCCAAGCUAGCAUUUUGCUGCUGGUACAAUGUUAGCCUGACUAAAAUCGCGCUCCUAUAGCGGCCGGCCCUAUAGUAUUGCCGCCGCCCUAGGAUUAACCCCAGCCAGCGAGAGAUUGUGUAAACACAGGCUAGUACAAUGUGAUAUCGUAACAAGCUCAUUUACACGGUGAUUCUUAGAAAAUCAGUGUUAGUAUUGUUACGAUUACUAUUCUCAAAAAGUGCAACUAGUCUGUCUUAGGUGCAGUCUUGUUUCCUAUGAGUGAUGUUGACGUGACUUAUUAGAGAGUAGGCCAUGAAAAGUUACUCCACCAGAGAGAAACCUGUAUUAUAUUAAUAAUAUGACACGUUUUGAUAAUUCUUUGCAGAGCAAUUUUGACCCUUCUUUCAUUUCAGAUCUGUUUAAAGAAUGAAUUAUGCCCAAUGAAACUACGUAGAAAACUUUAUCACAGUUGUCAUCCUUUUUUCGGAGAAGAAGUGCCCUACAACUACCUAACUUUUGACACUUAUAACUAGGAAAUUCUAUAACAAUUUGCAAUGAGCCCACAAUAUAGUAAAAUAGUGGCAACCGCUGCCUUUCAGUCUUUUUUAUAAACUGACUAAGAUAUAAAAAAUUAUGGCAAAUCCAAUGCCUGAAAAAUGAUCAUCAUGGUGGUAUAAUUUUUCAAAGCCUGUUGAAAUUAAAACUUCCUGAAACACGCUGGUAGAGCCGAGGGGGACCAAGCUGAGAUUUGUUUCGUGUUUGUAGAAAAUAAAUAUGUAGUAAUCUACAAUGUAUUUGACAAGUAUACGUUCAUGUACAUGUACGUACCAUGUAUUUUUCUGACUUUAUAUCAAUGUUGAUCAAUGUGUGCCUUUUUGUACAAGGACACAUGUACCGGUAGUAGUAGUAUCCAUCCAUUAUUUGAUUAUACUGCUGCUGGGAUCCCUGACACAGGGGUAGGCAGCAGUACACAAAGAAAGAAAUCUCUACAUGUUCUGGAGGACAGGAGUGGGAAGAGAAUUAGGAAGCAGAUCUAUAGAGCCUUGCAUAACCCUAACAGUGCCAUGAUGGUGGUGUAAACUGUAAGCCUUCUUCAAUAGCCUUUAGAUCCUAUAAUGGCCAUCACAAAAGCCUUUAACAGUCACUACAUAAAGAUUAAGGAAACAGAUGAGCCUUAGCAACAUCAAUUGUACUAAAAUUUUCCGAAGCUUAAACUCACAGGGGUCUUAAUUCGGAUUUCGCUUAAAUCUCAGAGUGCAAUUUAAUCAGAAUUUAGCCCUUUCAAACAGAGAGAGUGGGGUUAUGCUGGUUGACUAAUACUAUUGUAGAAAAAGGCAUGACAAGAUAUGGAAAGAUUUAAUUACUUUAGUGUCCCUACAGAGCAGAUAUUGAAUAGGAAUAAUCUUUAAGCAGCCACACAAGUAUAGGCCACAUGUAACUAAAGAGUUUAUUCUGAACACAAAUUUGAAGUGGGCCACAGUUUUCUAUCCUCUAUAGGCAGUGGUGGUACACUACAUGUAUGACAUAUGACUGGUCCAGUUUAUAACAAUUUUAAUGAUGUUUUGGAGGACUCUAUAAAAAUUAGUAAAUCUGAUUCAGAUUGAUCUGUAAAAAGACAGAAAUUCCCACAAGUUUGAAGCCAACUUCAUAGUAUAAGCCACACAAAGCAGGGUGUACCAGUCUGGUAGUUUUGAAAGGCGUCUGUGUAUCGUAAUGAAUUUCUGUUAUUGAGACACUGCAAGACCAAGACCAAUCAGAUAGCUGAGUCUUGCAUUUAUGUACUUCACUUUUGUGUGUGAUUUUGAGUGUGGAAAUAACCAGACUACAUAUCAAAUAACUGCAAAACAUCUCUAAGUGUAUGAAUGGAACUAUAUUGAAAAAUAGCUACAACUACAUGUAUGGGGGAGAUUCGUAUCAAUUGUAUACAAUGUAGAUGACUUGCAGUACAUGUAACUUAACUAUUAUUAUUUCAGUUGUAGACUUUGCUUACAAAUACCUUUGCUGAUGUUGUGUAUGUAGAAGAACCUGAAAGCUUCAGGUAUCUAUAGUAACAGUACAUGUAUAUAUCUUGAUAAUUGUCUUGUCUGAUUAAAUGUUUAAUGAGAAAGAGUCUAUAAGAUGUGAACAACCAUGUGUUGUAAGUAAAUGCUUUGUUGAAUGUCAAGUAAAAAAUCUGGCUGCUCCAGUGCUAUUUCUAAGACUAAGAGGGAUGAACAACUGUGUGAGCAAGGAGACUAAAGGAAAAGAAGGGAUAUAGCCACUGUAAUGAAUUCAAAUCCUUACUGGAGAGAGGUAAAGGUGAAAAAAAAUCUGUUCACCCUUCCUCUAGGACAGAUAUUGAAACAGUCCAGAACACCCCACUGAUUUGUGUUACUGCUUACUAAGUUAUUUCCUUGACAACGUCACUUCUACAUGACUUGAAUGAUGAAUUCAUUAUAUCUUCAACAAUGACAGGUUUUUACUAAACAGAGAAAAGGAGUGUCACAGAUUAUUCUCCAUUUGUGAUGAUUGUGGCCUAGUGGUUAAUUAGUAAAGACUUCAUUAAAGCUGCUUAAAAUGUU